CCCGGCGUUGCGGAAAUCCACGGGUUCGGUGGUGUGUACGUGUGUGUACAUAUAUAUAUGCGUCAUGGCGCAUGUCAAAUCGCGUGUGGCUGUCAGCUUAUCGCUUAUCUGGCCGUAGAGAAGGAUUCCUUGUGGUUUUGAAAUGACAUACGAGAGCCGUCGGCGAAGAUAAAGCAUUCGGCAUCCGGGACCGUUUCGCCUCGACUUCGACUGGCGGCGCAGCGAUGGCGGAAUCGAACGGGCCGAUUCUUCACGUCAUCGUCGUCGGGUUUCAUCACAAGAAAGGCUGCCAGGUAGAAUACUCGUUUCCACCUUUGGUACCUGGCGCGCCUAACGAGUGUCCCCUGGGAUGGAAGUAUUUGCCCACGCUCGCUCUCCCCGAUGGCUCCCAUAAUUACGACGAAGACACGGUCUAUUUCCACCUGCCCAGUCUCAAUGAUCCUAAGCGCACGAUAUACGGCAUCUCGUGCUUCAGGCAGAUACCGGUGGAGAAAUUGAAGAACCGCACAUCCGACAUAACGAGAGGCACCGUUCAGAAGUCGGUCUGCGUGCUGAGUACUCUGCCUCUGUACGGGCACAUACAGGUGAAAAUGGCCCUGAUAACGCACGCUUAUUUCGAGGAGGGGGAUUUCAGCAAGGUGUCCUUGCUGGAGGACACCUAUCAUCAUCUGAAUUCAUGUAUGAGCACCGACAGCCAGAUACCACCGCAGAUCUUCGUCGGCUUAUCUGCGAGAGACUUCAUACUGCAGUUCCGUCACAAGGUACUGCUCCUGUUCAAGUUACUCCUGCUCGAGAAGAGAAUAGUUUUCUAUCAGUCACCGGUGCAGCCGCUGUGCGCCACGAUAUUGACUCUACUGUCGCUGUAUCCCGGCAUGAUAGAGCACGGUCUUCAACAGGCUGCGUGUGUCAGACCAUCCAGGCCGAUGUCGCCGAUUCCCACCUUCGACGAGGAAGAAAUCUCGAUGAACAACGUCGACUCCAACCUGUCGUCCGCCCGCAUCGUUCAGAACAACACAUCGGAAACGGAGCACGAGCGGUGCAACGACAACAGCAACCGGAACUCCCUGUGCAUCAACGACAACAAGACGAUCGAGUCCAUGGAGGGCAAGUGCAUGGACGUGACUCUGCAGAAGAACAACAACGACAACGAGAACUUAAACAUGAAGGUUAUCGAGAUCGAGUCGGCGCAAGAGUGCACCGAGAGUUACUUGGAGGACAGCAACUCCAAGUACUCGCCGAAGCCGAACGAUAACGUGCACAGGGUGCACAGCGUGAACGCCAUCACGUUAGGCACGGGCGACACGGAUAACAGCUUACCGCGCGACACGAGUAACGACGCGCUUUCGGACGCGAGAUUAACGAACAACAUCACGCAAAUCGCGCACAUCAAUCCGGAGCUCUGCGGCCUACCUUUGGAGUUAUUUACGAAGGGAUAUCUCUGCCUGCCGUAUCUAUCGUUGCCCUAUCUCGACCUCUUGGGAGACGUGAACGUUCGAGGGUACAUAGUGGGCGCCACGAAUGUGCUGUUCAAGCAGAAGAAGCAGCUCAUCGACGUGCUGGUCGAGGUCGAGAACACGCGGAUAGAGGCGACCGAUCCCGAUCUGAGGCGGCAGCUGCAUCUCACCACCGAGGACCUGAGAUUCGCCGAUUACGUGGUGAGGCACGUGGCCGAGCCCCGGAAGGAUAUCUUCCUGGACGGGGUCGGGUGGGAAGGCGGCGACGAGUGGAUCCGAACGCAGUUUCGCGUCUACCUGUUGAGCAUGCUGCGCACCUCGAUGCAGCAGGAUACCCGCCAGUCGGACCAUUACAACGCGGCCUUCGUGGCCGCGUGGCGCGCGACGAACAACUACAAGGCGUGGUGCAGCGCCAGCAAGUCGGAGGUACACAACAUCGAGCCCGGUCAUCCCUUCGCCGGCCAAUUGUCGGUGCAGGACAUGAAACUGCGCCUGUCCCACACGAUGCAGAACACGGAGAGUGGUAGAAAGUUGAAUCAGGCAAUGGCGUCGACCGGACGCGCGGUGGCCACCACUGGGAAAGCCGUAGGAGGAGCGCUGUCACAGGCGAAGGGAGCGUUCUCGAACUGGUGGAGCACGUUGACGACGGUCCAACCGGUCGACGAGACGACGAAAAUCGACAAUCAAACGACGAACAUCCAUCACACCAACGUCACGUCUAACGUCACCGACAGAGAGUCCAUCGAAGACGAGGAGAUUACGGUCUCCGCUGCUCAUAACGCGGACAUUACCAUACAAGACGCCACCACCACCACCACCAUCACUACUACUACUACUACUACCACCACCAUGACCACUACGACCACCAUGACCACAACCGCCACCACCGUCACCAGUGGAGAGCAUAAUACGGCGUAAAGACGCGCGAAAGCCGCAAGCGAGGAGGAAGUUGUCGCGCACGUAUAACGAAACGUGUUCGUUAAACGGCCCAAUAUUUUUUUUUAGAGAACCCUAAUUUUUAGCGAGAUGAAGCAUGGCGUGAAAGAUCCGAGAGAAAAGAAACCACGUACGUACAACGGAAUCACAUUAAUGUGAUGUACAGCUUCACGCGAGAAGAUUCGUCGGAUCCGCAAGCCGCUGAGCAAACGCUGAAAAUUACAGGCUGACGUAUCGCUGAUUUUUAAGUGUAAGUGUAAUCUUAUGAUAUUUCUUGCCGGAUAGCUCUGUGUGUGUGUAUAUAUAUAUAUAUAUAAUUUCUAUGUGUCCAUGGUGUGUGAGAGAAAUAUGUGAUAUAAUUUCAUUAUACGAAAGACACACGUGACGCAAACAGCGGUGGCGAUUGUUCCCUCCCCGCUUGACUCACUCUUUUGCCACAAUAAGGCGUUGCUCUUUAUAAAUAUCUCUCAAUUAUUUUUAAUAUUUCCUAUUAAUAACGAAGAUGCUCUACCGCUCGGGAAGUACAUGUAUCUUUUGUACAUAAGAAAAAAAGAAAUAACGUGGCUUCUUAUAUUUAUGCGCACAUUUACACGAUUAUGAUUAUUAUUAUUAUUAUUAUUAUUAUUGUUGUUGUUGUUGUUGUUGUAGCAUAUUUCCUUCACCUCCGCGAAUUAUUUCAACGAGAUUUUAUUUAAUUUAUUGCUCAGAGAUGAGGGGGAGGAGGGGUAAGAGAGAGAGAAAGAGAGAAAAUAUAUAUUCUCCUUUAAGUGCAUAGAAAGAAUAUAAGAAGAAUGACGCGUUUGACAUAUGUUAAGACAUAUGUUAUCAGUGGUAUAAAAAAUUUAUAUAUAUAAAUAUAUAUAUAUAUUUACAGGGUUUCUCUCAGUAUUUUGUAUCAUUGCGAAUACAGUAGAUCUAUUAUAUACGUAGAGAAAAUAUGAAAGAGAGAAAUUCGGCACUGGAACGACCCGACAGUGUCCGAACGAAGCAUAAGCGCAUUGUACAUUGUUCCAUAAUUCAUUUCACCAACACUAAUCCUGUUAUUGACAAUAUCGCUACCUCCAUUUAUUGUCGAGAUUAUUACGAGCGCGAUUAGUUCCGUGUGUGACGUGACGAUCCUUACAGUUGUCGAUAUAUCAGUAACGAUAGACUUCAACCGAGAUAGAUAGCCGUUAGAGUCUGACUCACACUUGUAUCCCUGUAACUCGCAUCGGAAGAAAUCGUUUAGCACUACGGAGAUUGUGCGGAUGGUCAUUCGUGGUAAGGAGAAGGAGGAGGAGGCUGCCGUUAGUCGUUAGCGGAAUUACGUUUCUGAGCUUAGCGCACGUGGUAGAUCGUUUAUAACGCUACUAGCGUAGACGUCGUGCUAAUGUACGUGUAUUUGAUUAAGGUAAGAAGUUUUUCUUCGCUGCAAUAUUUAUAGGGUAGAGCGCCCGCGCGCGAGGAGCAUUUUUUGUAUGGGAUUUUUGUAAUGCGGUUAUUUGUUCACGGUUACAAUAAGAGAGAGAGAGAGAGAUAUACUCAAUACUCAUUUCUGUUCUUUACACACGAUACAUUCUCUCGUGCUGGGUACAUGAAUUUUUGUAUACCGGGUAUGUGUGAAAAUAUGAGAUAUAUAAAUUAUAUACUAAACAUACGUAAAUCUUUUUUUAACGAAACCAUUUGGCGCCAGAUAAGGUCUCUCGCGCACAAAACAUGAGCGCAUCCUCGGAAGGUUUAAAUCAGAAAUUUUUAAUCUGAUCCUUCUUUCGAAUUUGAAAUUUGAAUAAAAAAUUUGUAAUCUCUUUAAAGUAACGACUUUAGAGAAAUUUGUAUUGGAUGUAAAUUGUGUAUCGGUUAAACGAAGAUACGAUCGGGCGAAUUGUGCGCGCGUGCGUGUGUGCGCGUGUGUGUGUGUGUGUUAUUCGAUCGUUAUUUAAUAAAAGGCAAUACGUACGUAGAAAUUUAUGUGAGCUGUUUAUUUAGGAAGCGAUUGAAUGCCUGAGGCACAUUAGGCGUAUCGCUGACAUAUCUCACUUAGUUAAAUCUGUGUUCAAAGUUCCGAUAUGACGUAUAACAUUGUUUUCAGAAUAAACGGUUCACAUGCGUCACCGAAUCUAGGGUUUAAGCUGUUAUCAUUAUCGUAAGUACGCCGUAUUUGUGAUAUUUAGUUCGUUAGAACCUGCAAGUCGAUGCAUCCACCAUCGGGGUACAUUCUUAUCUUUUGUAUAAGCGCGGUGUGUGCCAAAUGUGGAACGUGUAAUAUACGUUUGUAGAGGAGGUGACGAGGCCCGGGGACGAUCUGUGCGAAAGGAAACGCGACAAUUUGCAAUUAAACGCGCGAUAAAUUUAAGCCGAACAACGACCAAGUUGCUAGUCAACGGGAUGCGCAUUAAAGGUUUCACUUGAUUAAUUUUUGGUAAAUCUCUCGAUCGCUCACCAGUGAAAAUUGAAUCCUUCUUCUUCUUUUUCGAGAGAGUACGCACUUGGUUCUACCCUUGAAUUACAAAUUCUGUUCGCCUCGGUUAUCGCAAAAAUAAAAAUUAUCUAGUAAAUUAUGUACAAUAGACACUUAUGAUGUGUAUGUGGACGUUUUUAUUCAAGACUGCUUGCAUACGUUAAGUGUAUGUAUCUUUUAUUUAUUAAAAGGAGUAAAAGACAUUUUUUUCGUCGGCUGCCGCCAAGCUACCGAUAUAGUUAUAUAUAUAUUCUUAUUUUUAGUCCUUUGUAUAUACGCAAUAUAAUUUCGUUUAAAUUCUCGCAACGGGCUCCACGCGAUGAAACGCAAAUUCUAUCUCGUUUGUCGGCUAUUACCGGAAGCGGGUGUUGGUAUGUGUCAGGACAGAAGAAUAAACAAAAUAGCGAAACGAUUCAACGAUCUUUGCACAGCUUUAGAUGUUAUAUUAUAGCGAGAGAGAAAGUGGAUCUGGAAUCUUAAGGCCACUCCCUGUUGGAUAAUUGAAUAUGUUUUCUAUAUUUAUAAUACGAGUUUUUGUACAGCUUAUAUAUGGAGCGUGUAAGUAGAAAGAAAAAGGGACGAGAGAAGGGGCGAGUUGUGUCGCAAAACCGAGAAACGAUUUAUUGUACUGUGACUGUAGUGCCGUCAUUUGUCAAAAAAAAAAAAUAUAUAUAUAUACAUAUAUAUAUAUAUAUAUAUUAAGAG